AUGGAUUUUUUUCUUCUUUCUUUUCUAUUAAUUGAAGUCUUUCUUCUAAUUGUUAUUUUUUUCUUCUUUUCCUCCUUUUCUCUUUCUCCUCCUUGUUCUGUUCUUCUUCUUCUUCUUUGUAAACAUGAUGAAACUUGUUUUUUUUGUUUUUUUUUCUCCUUUUCUCUUACUCCUCCUUUUCUCUUUUCUCCUUCUUUUCUCUUUUUCCUCCUUUUCUCUUUUCUGCUCCUUUUCUCUUUCUCCUCUUUUUAUCUUUUUUCUCCUUUCUUUUUCUCUUUUCUUCUCCUUUUUCUUUUCUCUCCUUUCCUCCUUUUCUCUUUUUCCCCUUUUCCUUUUCUUUUCUCUUUUCUCCCCUUUUCUCUUUUCUCUCCUUUUCCUUUUUCCUUUUCUCUUUUCUCCUCCUUUUCUCUUUUCUCCUCCUUGAUAGUAGAACAAAGGCGUGUUUUUAAAAUCUCUUUUAAUCCUUAUCUACUUUGUUCAUACGUCGGGGGGACAACUGUCUGUAUUAAAAAGCAGUCAUAA